ACAGAUGUCAAAGAGUGCCAACUCUCUAGGAUUAGGCUAUGUUUGGUACAGUGAAAAAGAAGAGAGAGAGUUGGAGAGUUAAGAGUAGUGAGCAGCUGAUAGAAUAUUCCAAAUGUGGCCAACUCAGUUCCAACUGCGAAAGCGGCCAAAUCACCAUCCCCAAACAAUUUCAUCACCAUAAUUUUUAAUGGGUAACUGCCGAACCACCACACACACACAAACACCACAAUUUCCUCCACUUUCGUUCUGUGUCUCAAACAUACACCGCUCUGUGCCCUUUGAUUGAAUCUUCAUUGAAUUGCAGUAUUUGAAAUCCUUCUUCAGUUCCAAGGGACCCAAGUUGAGCUCUCUUAGCCCCCCAUUUGAUUUGCCUCAAGGGUCACUAUUGUUGGAGUUUGAAUUGGGUUCCUAAAAGUUUGUGCUAGCAUCCAAUUUGGAUAUUGGGCUUGUUAAAAUGACUCAGUUUGGACAAGUUUCUGCCAUUAACGUGAAUGGGCAAUGUAAUGUGAUGAACUUAUGGAACUCAAAAUCUUCUUGGAGAUGUGGUUUCCAUGUUGGUCCAGAGCAAGCAAAUGCCUUGGCAUUUGGAGGUAGUGAUUCCAUGGGUCAUAGACUGAUAAUCCGAAACAGGGAUGCUGUUAGAACAACACCAAGGAAGGAUGCACGCCCAUUGCAGGUGGUUUGCAUUGACUAUCCAAGACCAGAGCUUGAGAAUACUGUUAAUUUCUUGGAAGCUGCUUACUUAUCUUCAUCAUUUCGUACUUCUUCCCGGCCAGACAAACCAUUAGACAUUGUAAUAGCUGGUGCAGGUCUGGCUGGUUUAUCUACUGCAAAGUAUUUGGCAGAUGCAGGUCACAGACCUAUAUUGUUGGAAGCACGAGAUGUUCUAGGUGGAAAGGUAGCUGCAUGGAAGGAUGACGAUGGAGACUGGUAUGAGACAGGCUUGCAUAUAUUCUUUGGGGCUUACCCAAAUGUGCAGAACCUAUUUGGAGAACUUGGUAUUAGCGAUCGGUUGCAAUGGAAGGAGCAUUCUAUGAUAUUCGCGAUGCCAAACAAGCCAGGAGAGUUUAGCCGAUUUGAUUUUCCUGAAUUUCUACCUGCACCAUUAAAUGGGAUAUGGGCCAUCUUAAAGAACAAUGAAAUGCUUACUUGGCCUGAGAAAGUCAAGUUUGCAAUUGGACUCUUGCCAGCAAUUGUUGGUGGGCAGGCCUAUGUUGAGGCUCAAGAUGGUUUGUCUGUUAAAGACUGGAUGAAAAAACAAGGCAUACCGGAUCGAGUAACUAACGAGGUGUUCAUUGCCAUGUCAAAGGCAUUAAACUUCAUAAAUCCUGAUGAACUUUCAAUGCAAUGUAUAUUGAUUGCUUUGAACCGAUUCCUUCAGGAGAAGCAUGGUUCGAAGAUGGCUUUCUUAGAUGGUAAUCCUCCGGAAAGACUCUGCAUGCCAAUAGUUGAUCAUAUUCAGUCACUGGGUGGUCAAGUCCAGCUCAAUUCCCGAUUAAAAAAGAUUGAGCUAAAUAAAGAUGGAACUGUAAAGAGCUUUUUACUAAAUAAUGGGAAUGUAAUUGAAGGAGACGCUUAUGUAAUUGCCACCCCGGUUGAUGUUUUAAAGCUUCUUUUGCCUGAAGACUGGAAAGACAUUCCGUACUUCAGAAAGUUGGAGAAAUUAGUUGGUGUUCCUGUUAUAAAUGUUCACAUAUGGUUUGACAGGAAACUGAAGAAUACAUAUGAUCAUCUUCUGUUCAGCAGAAGUAACCUUCUCAGUGUGUAUGCUGACAUGUCUGUAACUUGUAAGGAAUAUUACAACCCAAAUCAAUCUAUGCUGGAAUUGGUUUUUGCACCUGCAGAAGAAUGGAUCUCACGCAGUGACUCAGAAAUUAUAGAUGCCACAAUGAAGGAACUUGCAAAACUUUUUCCUGAUGAAAUUUCUGCAGAUCAGAGCAAAGCAAAAGUAGUGAAGUACCAUGUAGUUAAAACACCAAGGUCUGUUUAUAAAACUGUACCAGGCUGUGAACCUUGUCGUCCGUUACAAAGAUCUCCAAUAGAAGGAUUCUAUUUAGCUGGUGAUUACACAAAGCAGAAGUAUUUGGCAUCAAUGGAAGGUGCUGUUCUAUCAGGAAAGUUUUGCGCACAAGCUAUUGUGCAGGAUUAUGAGUUGCUUGUUGCUCGGGGGCAAAAGAAACUAGCUGGGGCGAUGGUGGUAUGACGAAACCAUUCAAAUUGGAGGAAAAUUUGUGACAAUACCCAAAAUCCAUAGAGAAAUGGUACUAUGUAUGAUAAUUUGAAUACCAACUUGUCCCCACAAAAUGGUCAUCUCUCUGGCAAAGAAAUGCUCCUUGGAAGUGAUUCUUCCACUGUUGUAAGUUGUUCAAAUGCGAACCUUGUCUCAGUGGAAAUAUUUCCAUUUUUAGCUGUCAGUUGUAAAACUAUGGCUUUUUAAUUUGUUGCCUAUAGGGUGUAACAUAAUUGUACCAAAACAUUGAAAAGUCAUUCAAUUGAUGAGAAGGAUUACACAGUC